AUGGCUACCCUCAUGAGACGGGCCACAAGGGUGCUUCGAAGGACUCCAUCUCCUCCCAUGAGCUUUCCCACCUCCGGCUUCGAAAUUGUUCGUUCCUCAGAGGUGCUUGACGAGGAACGGUUUGACCACUUCAAACAAGGGCAAUAUUACCCUGCUAAUACUGGCGACGUGCUUAGUUCCAAAUAUCAGAUUUUUGGUAAAGUUGGGUUUGGAACAACUUCCACAGUAUGGCUUGCUCAUGAUCUUGAGGGCCAUCAAUACGUGACGCUCAAAGUCUACACACGAGAUGAAGGCCGCGGAAGUUCAUGGCACCCUGGCCAUGCUCAUAUACGGAAAGCACUAGAUCUCUUCACGAUUCCCCGUGCUGUCCAUCUGCUCAAAGCUGGCCUGAUGCAGAUCUUUCUUGCUCUUGACUAUCUGCACACCGAGUGCAAGCUUGUUCACACCGACAUCAAAAGCGACAACAUCCUCCAAGAAAUAGAGGACAUGCCGAUCCUUGAAAGUUUCACGCAAGCUGAGCUGAAGAAGCCGUCGCCCCGCAAAAUCGUCAAUGUGUUAAGUGAUUUUGGCUCUGCCGUACGAGGCGACGAGAGGCGGAAUCACGAUGCACAGCCAAAUGUCUAUCGAUCGCCGGAAGUGAUGCUGAAGACCGAUUGGAGCUACCCCGUCGACAUAUGGAACGUCGGUGUUAUGGUGUGGGAUUUGUUCGAGGGGAGACACCUUUUCCACGGGAAUGACCCUGAUGGUAAGGGGUAUUCGACUCGGGCGCAUCUCGCGGAAGCCAUGAGUCUUCUGGGGCCGCCGCCUUUAGAUAUGCUCCAGCGUGGAAAACGAAGCCAUGAGUUCUACACAGAUGAUGGCAAAUGGAAGCAAGACAUUGAGAUCCCGACAGGAGUCAGUCUGGAAUCAUCAGAGCAGUUCCUUGAGGGAAGAAAUAAGGAGAUGUUUAUGGCUUUCAUGAGAGGAAUGCUUCAGUGGCGGCCUGAAGAUAGGAAGACAGCGAAGGAUCUACUCCAGGACCCGUGGCUGAAUGGUCAGAUAGAGUAG